CUGAUGAAUGGAGGCAACCUCAAGUUCCACAUCUACCACAUGGGCCAGGCUGGCUUUCCUGAAGCGCGAGCUGUCUUCUCCGCUGCUGAGAUCUGCUGUGGCCUGGAGGACCUGCACCGGGAGCGGAUUGUGUACAGGGACCUGAAGCCAGAGAACAUCGUACUGGAUGACCAUGGCCACAUCUGCAUCUCUGACCUGGGACUGGCUGUGCAUGUACCAGAAGGCCAGACCAUCAAAGGCCGGGUGGGCACCGUGGGCUACAUGGCUCCAGAGGUGGUAAAGAAUGAGCGGUACACAUGCAGCCCUGACUGGUGGGCAUUAGGCUGCCUCCUGUAUGAGAUGAUCGCAGGCCAGUCGCCCUUCCAGCAAAAAAAGAAGAUCAAGCGGGAGGAGGUGGAGCGGCUGGUGAAGGGAGUGCCUGAGGAGUAUCCUGAGCGCUUUUCCCCGCAGGCCCGCUCACUCUGCUCCCAGCUUCUCUGCAAAGACCCUGCGGAGCCCCUAGGGUGUCGUGGGGGUGGCGCUCGAGAGGUGAAGGAGCACCCCCUUUUCAAGAAACUGAACUUGAAGCGGCUGGGAGCUGGCGUGCUGGAACGGCCCUUUAAGCCUGAUCCCCAGGCUAUUUAUUGCAAGGAUGUUCUGGAUAUUGAACAAUCCUCCACAGUUAAAGGUGUGGAGCUGGGGCCCACCGGCCAGGAUUUCUACCAGAAGUUUGCCACUGGCAGUGUGCCCAUCCCUUGGCGGAACGAGAUGGUGGAGACUGAGUGCUUCCAGGAGCUGAAUGUUUUUGGGCUGGAUGGCUCGGUUCCUCCAGACCUGGACUGGAAAGGCCAGCCGCCUGCACCCCCCAAGAAAGGACUGCUGCAGAGACGCCAGGAUUGCUGUGGGAACUACUGCAGCGACAGUGAGGAAGAACUCCCCACCAGCCUCUAG